AGGGUAAGAGCCGGGAUGAAACUUGCGACCGGGCGCGUGGCCGGGAGCCAGGAGACCGCAGCAGCCCCUGCGCCGGGAAACCCGCGCGCCGGCGCCCAGGCCUGGCCGAGGAGCGCGGGGAGGAGCGCGCACCUGGACUCACGGCCGGAGGAGGGCCCAGCGCCGCGCCGGUCCCGGCCCAAGCCCUGCCCCUCGGCGGCCCGCCCCCUGGGCGGCUGGAAGCCGGAAGCGGGCGAAGAAGAGCCUGCUCUGAGCUUCUCUGCGGCCGAAGGGGAAGUUCAGGGCCGCUCUCCUGCGGCGCCCCAGCUGCGGGCUGCUAGCGCUCCGCGACAGUGCGGGGCCAUGGGGACUCCGCGGCGCGGGCCACCCGUCCUCCCGGGGCCCCCGCUGGGGCGGCUGCUGCUGCCCCUGCUGCUGAGCGGGCUGGCUCCGGCUCGCGCCUCCCCGCGGCUCCUGGACCACCCGGCGCCAGUCUGCUCCCAGGAGGGGCUAAGCUGUGCAGUCAAGAAUAGUACCUGUCUGGAUGACAGCUGGAUCCACCCUCGAAACCUGACCCCUUCAUCCCCCAAAGAUGUCCAGGUCCACCUGGACUUUGCCCAGACCCAGCAUGGAGACCUAGUGCCUGUAGCUCGCAUCGGAUGGACACUGCAGACAGACGCCAGCAUCCUCUUUCUGGAGGGUGCGGAGUUAUCUGUCCUGCAGCUGAGCACCAAUGAGCGCUUGUGCGUCAAGUUUGAGUUUCUGUCCAAACUGCAGCAUCAUCGCAAGCGGUGGCAUUUUACCUUCAGCCACUUUGUGGUAGAACCUGGCCAGGAGUAUGAGGUGACCGUUCACCACCUGCCCAAACCCAUCCCUGACGGGGACCCAAACCACCAGUCCAAGAACUUCCCCGUGCCUGGCUGCGAGGACCCCAGGAUGAGGAUGACCGCACCGUGUGUGAGCUCAGGCAGCCUGUGGGACCCCAACAUCACGGCAGAGACCCUGGAGGCCCAGCAGCUGCGGGUGAGCUUCACCCUGUGGAACGAGUCUACCCUGUACCAGAUCUUGCUGACCAGCUUUCCACACACAGAAAACCAGAGCUGCUUCCAUCAUGUCCUGAUGGUGCCCGAGCCCACACUCGAGGAGUUCCACCAGCGGGCCAACGUCACGCUCACCCUGUCAGACUGGAGUUGGUGCUGCCGCCACCGGGUGCAGAUCCAGCCCUUCUUCAGUAGCUGUCUCAAUGACUGUCUCAGACACUCCGUAACCCUUCCCUGCCCGGAAAUUCCAGAUGCUCCAGAAGCCACCACAGCCUUGACGGCCCAAUGCGGGACAGAGCCACAGCCAUUACACCGGCCUGGAGGAGAAUCUGGCCUCCCAGUCUCGAUUGCAGACUACAUACCCCUGUGGGUGUAUGGCUUCCUCACGGGCGUCUCCGUCCUGCUGGUGGGUUCCGUCAUCCUGCUGGUCGUCUGCAUGACCUGGAGGCUACCCGGGUCUCAUCGUGAAAAAUACGGUAAUGACACGAAAUACACAGAUGUCCCACCCGAGACUAGCCUGACCCCUCCACCCCUGAAGCCCAGGAAGGUCUGGAUUGUCUACUCUGCCGACCACCCCCUCUACGUGGACGUGGUCCUGAAGUUCGCCCAGUUCCUGCUCACCGUCUGUGGCACCGAAGUGGCCCUCGACCUGCUGGAGGAGCAGGUCAUCUCAGAGGUGGGGGUCAUGACCUGGGUGGGCCGCCAGAAGCAGGAAAUGGUGGAGACCAACUCCAAGAUCAUCAUCCUGUGCUCCCGAGGCACCCGGGCCAAGUGGCAGGCCAUCCUCGGCUGGGAGGAGCCGGCUGUCCAGCUCCGGUGUGACCGCUGGAAGCCCGCGGGGGACCUUUUCACCGCGGCCAUGAACAUGAUCCUACCAGACUUCAAGAAGCCAGCCUGCUUCGGCACCUACAUUGUCUGCUACUUCCGUGACAUCAGCAGCGAGAGUGAUAUCCCUGACCUCUUCAACAUCACUUCCAGGUACCCACUCAUGGACAGGUUUGAGGAAGUUUACUUCCGGAUCCAGGACCUGGAGAUGUUUGAACCUGGCCGGAUGCACCGCGUUGGGGAGCUCACGGGUGAGAACUACUUGCAGAACCCGAGCGGCUGGCAGCUCAAAGAGGCUGUGGACAGGUUCCGGGAGUGGCAGGUUCAGUGCCCGGAUUGGUUUGAGCGCGAGAACCUUUGCUCAGCGGAUGACCAGGACCUCCCGUCCCUGGAUGAAGAGGUGUUUGAAGAACCACUGCUGCCGCCAGGAAGAGGGAUCAUCAAGCAGAAACCCCUGGUGCUCGAGGCCACCUCUGAGGGCUGCCUGGUGAGAGAUCUCCUUGUCAGUGAGGAAGGAAGAGGACUGUCAAGGCUGGAACCUCAGCUCCAGCCCCAAGGAGAGCUGGCGGCCCAGACCCUCCAAACCGCGGUGCUCCCAGUGGAGGAGGUCCCUUCGGCUCAGGCCGUGGAACCCAUCCCUCUGGCCAUUGAGAGCAGCCCAGCCGGCCGGAUAGCCGUGGCGGGGGGAGACGAGGCCUGCCCGCUGUUGGACGGCUACGGCCCUCGGCGGAACAGUGUUCUCUGCCUCCCUGUGGACUCAGAGGCCCCACCUCUCUGCAGCACCCCGACAGCAUCGCCCAGCUACUUCCCAGAUGACGUAAGGGAGCAGCUCGAAGGUUUGAUGUUCUCACUCUUCCAGCAGAGUCUGAGCUGCCAGGCCCAGGAGGGCUGGGACAGAGCCGCAGUGGCCCUCAAAGACCUCUGCACGCCCUACGAGGAGGGGCAGCGGCAGUCGGUGCAGUCUGACCAGGGGUAUAUCUCCAGGAGCUCCCCGCAGCCCCCCGAAGGACUGACGGAGAUGGAGGAGGAGGAAGAAGAGCCGGAUCUGGGGACAUCAGCCAAGCAGCUCUCUCCUGAGGACCUAGAGAGCCUGAGAAGCCUCCAGAGACGGCUCUUCUUCCAAGAGCUUCAGAAGAACUCUGGCUGGGACAGUGUGGAGCCAGAGGAGCCCUAGGGCCUCCCCACACCCAGGGUGUUAGAGAAGGGAGUGUGUGUGUACACGUGAGUGUCUGUAUAUAUGCAUAUGUUCCUGUGUGAAGUGUUUGCCUUUACAUGUGGACCUCUUGAUUCCUGGGCAUCCCCCUGAAUUUUCUUUCUCUGACCCUCUGGUCAUGUUCUGUCCCAGCAAGAAUCCAUAGGCCAUCCCCAGGAGCCAGUGACAUUGUCCUUGAGCCUCCAUCAUGCAGUCAUUCGGUCACCAAGCAUUUAUUUUGCACCUCUUGUGUGCGAGGCGUCUGACAUACAAAGAUAAAUUGCACAGGGUAGUGGCCCUGGCCACCAAGGGGCUUAACAUCUGCCGAGAGCGACAGAUAAGCAAACAGAAUGGUCUCGUGCGAUGGAAAGGCUCAGUAGAGGUCUGUGCAGGGCUGUGAAUAUACACAGAAGGAGCAGCUGGGCCCAGAGACCGUGUUUGGAGAGGGCAGCGGUCCCUGGGGCAGGGGCAGCGUGUAGGGUGAGUGCUGGGGCCAGUAGGCCUGGAGUGGGAGGAGGGGGCAGCGAGAGAGGUGGUGGAGAGACAGCGGGAGCCCGGGCUGGAGGAGGGCUUGUGGGCCAGGCUGGGGGGUUGGGACAUCAGCCCAGUGGCCUGGCAUUCCUUUGAUAGGGUGAGCUGCUGCCCUGCCGAGAAGGGCCCCGAGGACCAAACAUAGCUGAAAGCCACCUCAGAUCGUUUGUGGCACGAGACGGGUAGAAAUGUGUGAUGUGAAACCUAACAGCGUUCAGCAGGGACAAAAGCCGGGAAUCCUGAGCUCCCAUUUUGGUUCCCGGUCAGUGGGAGAGCCACGGCAGAUGAGUCUCUGUGUGGGCAGCAGCGCCCCCGAGCUCGGGAGGCCCCAGAGCUGGGGACCCAAGCCUGAGUGUGAGCUGUAGAGAGCUCCCAGCAGGGUGGGCACGGGGCGGGGGGGCAGAGCGGGAGUGGGAGGUACACUGAGCCCAGCAGGCCUCUCUGAAGGGAGAGGAAAACAGGCCACUCUAUACUUAAAAGUCUGAGAUUCAAGGUAUUUGAGGAGAGAUGCUAAGGCUCAGUGUUUAAAGUUGUUCCUGAAAUGCCUUCUUAGCAGGAACUGAAGGCUUCUGUCUGUCUGGGGUCCCAGCAAGCACCUGGGACUGCCCCUGGACUCGGGUGAGCUCAUUGCCUAUACUCGAGCCCUCCGCUGGAGCUCCGAGCUUCAGUGAAGGGGUGAGGACUCAGGCAGGUAGUGGGAAGCCAUCACAGGGUGUGUGUGUGUGACACACAUGCAUACUUGUGCACAAAAGGGGAGAUGAUCAAUAAAAGAAGGAAUAAAUUUGUCAAUUCUGGUAAGAACCCCCGGCAGUUACGUUGAGUCAUGUGUUGCUCUAGGUCAGGUUCCAGCUGUUGAGUCCUUUCAGUCGUGCGAUUUCCCUGCGCGGCUGCAGGGGCAGUGGGUCAAAGGUCCAGACCAUGUGUGGCCCGUAGACAGCCCCACAGCAGCAAAGCACCAGGGGAGGCAGUGCUGCAGACAGGGUGUCUGUCGCCCCAGAAAUCUUUGACACCUCAUCCUCAGUAUGACAGGGGUACAGGUGGUUAGGUGGUGAGAAUGGAGCCCCAGAGAGCUCUGUGCACCCCUCUGCCGCGUGAGGGCGCAGCGAGAUGGGAACGGGGGAACACUUGGGAACGGGGCAGCAAGCUCCCACCACACACCCAGUCCUCCGGCUCCUCGGUCUUGGACUUGCCGGCCACUAGAAAUGUGAGAAAUGUCUGUAACUGUAAGCCGCCCAGUCAGUGGUGUUCUGUGCUAGCGGCCCUCCCAGACUGAGACAGCGAGAAAGGGAGCUGCAUUCUCCCCUCCAGUAAGCUGGAGGGGGCGUCACUGGGGCCAAAUGCCUACCAAGCUUUCUGUGACGUUGCCUCAGCUUCCAGGAAGCACUUCCUCGAUGUCCAGAGUGUGGAAUACCUUGGUGGAUGCUUCCUUGCUGGAGCCAGGGCUCAACACGCCCGCAGAAUGGCCCCAACCAGUGAAGCCCUGGUGCCCGGGAGCAUACUUUCCACUUGGAUUGUGUUCCCCACAAGCCUUGAAUUCUAGCUCCACUGGCCUUUGAGGCCCAGUGUCCUCAAUUAGCAUUGUUCGCUUGUCCCCUGUCUCCCGGGGCUGCUGCUUGUUUCCCUAACAACUUAACUUACUGAGAUACAGUGCACAUACCGUGUAAUAUGUGGUGCCUGAACUGCCGACCCCAAGCAGUUCGGUGGCUUUAAACAGUUCAGAGCUCAGCAACCAUAAGCAUAAUCAACUUUAGAACAUUUUUCUUGCCCCAAGAAGAAGUCCAACACCUCUUAAUUACCCCAACCUCCCUAAACUCCCCAUCCCUCUAUGGAUUUGCCUAUUGUGGACAUAACAUGUAAAUGGAAUCGAAAGUCCCCCAGGGCCUCUGGACCCUUUCUUGAAUGUCAUUCCCCGGUUGCUUCCCCUGCCCUAGAGCCCCCAGUCUCAAGCCGGCCUUUGCUCACCACAAAUGCUGGAAGUUCUGUCAGUCUGUGGCGUCUGCUGUCCGCCCAAUGCCAAGAGUGUCAAGAGCAUGUGUAAAUAAAGCCUGGCCUUGCUUUUUGUAUUAUUCUGAAA